AUGAAAACAAGCUGUAGUGCUAACUCUGGCGACAUGAAGUCUCGUUCUAUGUCUGAGGAAGGUGAAAUUCAUGCAACAAAGUAUUCUUCUAUGUCUGAGGAAGAUGAGAUUCGUGGAUUUCCGACAAAGUGUUUAUGUGGACGUUUACGUGUGGAUCACUUGUUCAAAUGGGUUGAAGAUGCAAUAUACGAAGAAGUCGAAGAUGCUUUACCUAGAGUUGGUAACUUGGAAAUAGAACUGAGCAAUGUGAAAGCUGAUGUUGAAGAGCUCAAAUGCGUGAUUCAUGAGAUGAAGGAUGAGUUAGUGUGUCACAAAAGAGAAAUUAAGAAGUUCAAAGUGAUAAGCAAGACUCUUUUGGUGCUUACUCUCUUCUUAAGUAUCGCUAUGGUUUAUAUGUUUCUCGCCACUUUUGGGUUGUGUAGUAGCCAGCAACAUAAUCUUUUGUCCUAA